AUGUGGACACCGGCCUGGAGAAAGCCACCCCUGCUGCUGCUGCUGGCCACCACGGCCUUUCUCUCCUCUGCAGCUUGGACCUCUGCUCGGGGAACCCCAGCCACCUUUGGGCCUGUCUUUGAAGACCAGCCCCUUGGCCUGCUAUUCCCAGAGGAGUCUACGGAGGAGAAGGUGACGCUGGGAUGCCGCGCCCGAGCCAGCCCCCCCGCCACCUAUCGGUGGAAGAUGAACGGUACCGAGAUGAAGCUGGAGCCGGGCUCCCGUCACCAGCUGGUGGGGGGCAACCUGGUCAUCAUGAACCCCACCAAGGCCCAGGACGCCGGCGUCUACCAGUGCCUGGCCUCCAAUCCAGUGGGCACCGUGGUCAGCAGGGAGGCCGUCCUCCGCUUUGGCUUUCUGCAGGAAUUCUCCAAGGAAGAGCGAGAUCCAGUCAAGGCGCAUGAAGGCUGGGGGGUGAUGCUGCCUUGUAACCCACCUGCUCACUACCCAGGCUUGUCCUACCGCUGGCUCCUCAAUGAGUUCCCCAACUUCAUCCCAACGGACGGCCGCCACUUCGUGUCCCAGACCACAGGGAACUUGUACAUUGCCCGGACCAAUGCCUCAGACCUGGGCAACUACUCCUGCCUGGCCACCAGCCACAUGGACUUCUCCACCAAGAGCGUCUUCAGCAAGUUUGCGCAGCUCAACCUGGCUGCUGAGGAUCCCCGGCUCUCUGCACCCAGCAUCAAGGCCCGCUUCCCAGCAGAGACCUAUGCGCUGGUGGGGCAGCAGGUCACCCUGGAGUGCUUCGCCUUUGGGAACCCCGUCCCCCGGAUCAAGUGGCGCAAAGUGGACGGCUCCUUGUCCCCACAGUGGGCCACAGCCGAACCCACCCUGCAGAUCCCCAGCAUCAGCUUUGAGGAUGAAGGCACCUACGAGUGUGAGGCAGAGAACUCCAAGGGCCGCGACACCGUCCAGGGCCGCAUCAUCGUUCAGGCUCAGCCAGAGUGGCUCAAGGUCAUCUCAGACAUGGAGGCUGACAUCGGUUCCAACCUGUGGUGGGGCUGUGCGGCUGCCGGCAAACCCCGACCCACGGUGCGCUGGCUGAGGAAUGGGGAGCCUCUGGCCUCGCAGAACCGGGUGGAGGUGUUGGCCGGGGACCUGCGGUUCUCCAAGCUGACCCUGGACGACUCAGGCAUGUACCAGUGUGUGGCGGAGAACAAGCAUGGUACCAUCUACGCCAGCGCCGAGCUGGCCGUGCAGGCACUGGCCCCUGACUUCAGGCUGAAUCCUGUCCGGCGUCUGAUCCCUGCAGCCCGGGGAGGAGAGGUCACCAUCCCCUGCCAGCCCAGGGCAGCUCCGCAGGCUGAGGUGCUCUGGAGCAAAGGCACAGAGAUUUUAGUCAACAGUAGCAGAGUGACUGUAACUCCAGAUGGCACCUUGAUCAUAAGGAACAUCAGUCGGUCCGAUGAAGGCAAAUACAUCUGCUUUGCCGAGAACUUCAUGGGCAAAGCCAAUAGUACUGGUAUCCUGUCUGUGCGAGAUGCAACCAAGAUCACUCUAGCCCCCUCGAGUGCUGACAUCAACCUGGGGGACAACCUAACCCUGCAGUGCCACGCCUCCCAUGACCCCACCAUGGACCUCACCUUCACCUGGACUCUGGACGACUUCCCCAUCGACUUUGAUAAGCCCGGGGGUCACUACCGGAGGGCUAGUGCGAAGGAGACUAUUGGGGACCUGACCAUUCUGAACGCCCAGCUGCGCCAUGGCGGGAAGUACACGUGCAGAGCCCAGACUGUGGUGGACAGUGCGUCUAAGGAGGCCACAGUGCUGGUCCGAGGUCCACCUGGUCCCCCGGGAGGCGUGGUGGUGAGGGCCAUCGGUGACACCACUGUCCAGCUCAGCUGGAGCCGAGGCUUCGACAACCAUAGCCCCAUUGCCAAGUACACCCUGCAAGCUCGAACUCCACCUGCAGGGAAGUGGAAGCAGGUCCGGACCAAUCCUGCCAACAUCGAGGGCAAUGCCGAGACCGCGCAGGUGCUGGGCCUCACGCCCUGGAUGGACUAUGAGUUCCGGGUGGUCGCCAGCAACAUCCUGGGCACUGGCGAGCCCAGUGGGCCCUCCAGCAAAAUCCGGACCAAGGAAGCAGCCCCCUCGGUGGCGCCCUCCGGACUCAGCGGAGGAGGUGGAGCCCCUGGAGAACUCAUCAUCAACUGGACGCCCAUGUCGCGGGAGUACCAGAACGGAGACGGCUUCGGCUACCUGCUGUCCUUCCGCAGGCAGGGCAGCGACGGCUGGCAGACCGCCCGGGUGCCCGGCGCCGACGCCCAGCACUUCGUCUACAGCAACCAGAGCGUCCAGCCCUACACGCCCUUCCAGGUCAAGAUCCGCAGCUACAACCGCCGUGGUGAGGGGCCCGAGAGCCUCACUGCGAUCGUGUACUCCGCGGAGGAAGAACCCCGGAUGGCCCCUGCCAAAGUCUGGGCCAAAGGAGUGUCGUCCUCAGAGAUGAACGUGACGUGGGAGCCAGUGCAGCAGGACAUAAAUGGUAUCCUCCUGGGGUAUGAGAUCCGCUACUGGAAAGCUGGGGACAAGGAAGCAGCUGCUGAUCGUGUGAGGACUGCAGGGCUCGACACCAGUGCCCGAGUCACGGGCCUGCACCCCAACACCAAGUACCACGUGACCGUGCGGGCCUACAACCGGGCCGGCACCGGGCCUGCCAGCCCUUCAGACAGUGCCACUACCAUGAAGUCCCCUCCCCAGCGACCUCCUGGCAACAUCUCCUGGACCUUCUCCAGCACCAGCCUCAGCAUCAAGUGGGACCCGGUGAUUCCCCUCCGCAAUGAGUCUGCAGUCACUGGCUAUAAGAUGCUCUACCAGAAUGACUUGCACCCGUCACCCAUGCUCCACCUCACCAACAAGAACUGGAUCGAAAUUGCUGUGCCUGAAGACAUUUCCCACGCCCUCGUGCAGAUUCGGACCACAGGGCCUGGAGGGGAUGGGAUCCCGGCUGAAGUCCAUAUCGUGAGGAAUGGAGGCACAAGCAUGAUGGUGGAGAAUGCGGCAGUCUGUCCAUCCAUGCACCCCGGUGCUGUGCUCCCCCCGUCCAUGGCGGUGCUCUUCGUCCUCGGCUACCUGCAGCUCUGA